AUUUGGCACCAGACAAAAUUAGAUGCAAAAUUUGAGUAAAUAGCAUUUAAAUAUAAGUCAAAGUAAAGUAUUGAUGUGAAACAAUUCGUAAAUCUUUGUAAACAAUUUCAACCAAUAACAGACUUAAAGUUGACUGUAUGUAAACUCUGAUCAAGGUUGACGGAUUCUCUCCCCCGCGUCUCCACGUUCGUUUCCCUCCACGUGUUUGACAGGACGCUCAGAUUCUAUUACGUCACACGUAAUAAAAUCAAAGUCCGUGAAGCUGCCUCCUCCGCGGACCAUGACGCAGCGCGGGUCCGGUAGAGUCCCGGUUCGGCUGCUGUGUCCGGUCGGGCUGUUGUGCUGCUGGUUGUGGGUCUUACCCGUGACGUCACACCCGCAGUGUCUGGACUUCAAGCCGCCGUUCAAGCCGUUGCGGGAGUUGCAGUUCUGUGUCAUGUACACGAACUUUGGCUGCUGCGACUAUGACAAAGACCAAGAGCUCCUGAACAGGUACCAACGGGUCAUUGGCAGGCUCGGUUCUGAUGAAUACUCCGACUGUGCGGGCUUUGUUCUGGAGCUGCUCUGCCAGGAGUGCUCCCCCUACGCAGCUCACCUCUUUGACGUUGAGGACCCAAACACCGCGGUUCGGACUCUUCCCGGUCUCUGUCCCGACUACUGUCACCAGUUCUGGAAGAAGUGCAAGUCCACCCUCUCCGUCCUCUCUGAUGACCCACACAUUGUCCAGGUCAUAGAGGACCAGGCUGCUGUGUGCCGAUAUCUGGAGCUGGGCGAUGCGGACUACUGCUACCCACACCUCAUCAGCAACCAGAGGCUGAGCCAGGACUUGGGCCGGGUCAAGUCUGAUCUGACUGGUUGUCUCCAGUUGUGUCUGGAGGAAGUGGCCAACGGGCUGCGGAACCCGCUGGCCAUGGUCCACGCAAACGACGGCACCCAUCGGUUUUUCGUGGCUGAGCAGGUGGGCUUGGUUUGGACUUACCUGCCUGACCGGUCCAGACUGGAGAAGCCGUUUCUGAACAUUACAGAGGCUGUGCUGACAUCAUCGUGGGAAGGGGAUGAGAGAGGCUUUCUGGGACUUACCUUUCAUCCCAAGCACAAGUACAACAGGAAGCUGUAUGUGUACUACUCAGUGGCGGUGGGUGUGGACGAGCGGAUCAGGAUCAGUGAGUUCCACGUGUCGGCCAGUGACAUGAAUGUGGUGGAUCACUCCACUGAGCGCGUCAUUCUGGAAAUUGACGAGCCUGCAUCCAACCACAACGGAGGCCAACUGCUAUUUGCAGACGAUGGUUACUUGUACAUUUUCACAGGUGAUGGCGGAAUGUCAGGAGAUCCAUUUGGCAAAUAUGGCAAUUCCCAGAACAAGUCAGCCCUGUUGGGCAAAGUUCUGCGUAUCGAUGUGGACGACAAUGAAAAAGGCCCCGUGUACAGAAUCCCUGCAGACAACCCUUUCACACAGCAGCCAGGAGCCCGGCCUGAGGUCUACGCCUAUGGCGUCCGCAACAUGUGGAGGUGCUCCGUGGAUCGGGGCCACCCUCAAACCAAGGAGGGGAAAGGUCGCAUCUUCUGCGGGGACGUGGGCCAAAACAAGUUUGAAGAGAUCGACAUAAUAGAGAAAGGUGGAAACUACGGCUGGAGAGCCAGAGAGGGCUUCGCCUGCUACGAUAAGAGUCUGUGCAACAACAGCUCAUUGGGUUUUCCCACAGAUGAUGUCCUCCCUAUUUAUUCAUACUCCCACAAGAUGGGCAAGUCUGUGACGGGCGGCUACAUGUACCGAGGCUGUGAACAUCCCAACCUCAAUGGCAUGUACAUUUUUGGAGACUUCAUGAGUGGGCGUUUGAUGAGUUUGCAGGAGGACGUGAACACGGGACAAUGGAGGUACAGUGAGAUCUGCAUGGGGAUGGGUCAGACGUGCGCUUUCCCUGGACUCAUCAAUAACUACCAUCAGUACAUUAUCUCCUUCGCUGAAGAUGAAGCUGGGGAGCUCUACUUCAUGUCCACCCGGAUACCAAGCGCCACAUCUGCCUCCGGAGUGGUUUACAAAGUGGUGGAUCCUUCAAGACGUGCUCCACCGGGACAGUGUCGUUAUGAUCCUUCUCCUGUCAGAGUUAAAAGUGAUCUCAUCAGAUUUGUUCCCCAGGAAAUGCUGAUCAGCGCGAAGCCACGGAGCAGAAACAAGGCUGAGCCUUCAGCCCCUGAAUCCUCCGAGCGGCUCCAAGGCCAAGGCGCCGCCAAAGCCAAACACUCGAGGCAGAAAGGCAGACGCAGGAAGGGAAGAGUGUAGUCUGCUGUCAGAGCCGCUCCCAACAUCAUAAUGAAAGAGAGGAGGUGUGUGUGGUCCUCAGUGAUCUGAGCAGCCACACACAAUCAAUGCAGUUAACUAAUACAUUCAAAGCCCAGUUUUAAAAGCAUCCGGCGAUGUUUAAAACACACAAUUUAGUGGACGUGGUUUUUAUACACUGAAAUUGAAUUCAUUUUUCAUACCACAGGUUUUGAGUC